UAUCUUCCACUUGUAUUGAUUUAUCCUUCACAACAAAAAAAAAUAACAUCCAUCGACGACCAUCCAUUAGCAUCGUCAUCAUUGUUUCCUUUUUUUGACAUCCAUUCGUUUCAGUCAUAAAUUCAAUAAUGGUAAAAAAAUUACGAUUCUUUAAGAUCAUCUUAGAUGAUGAAAAUCUUCUAUAUUUUCCCGGUACAUUUCUUACCGGUAAAGUUGUACUCGAAUUGGAUGAAGAUAUGCCAAUCGUUGGAUUAUUCUUUCACAUAAUCGGUGAAUGUGUUGUGCGAUUAGUCGGCGGCGGUGGUAUCAUUUCGGGUGAUAAAGAGAAUUAUAUUGAUUUUCGAAUGCGAUUAUUGGGAGAUAAUCUAACCAGAGUCGAUACUCAAAGUACUUUGAAUCUGAAUGCAUCGAUGAGCCGUUUAUUAGUAUUAUCGGCAGGCGUACAUACAUUCCCAUUUCGAUUGGGAUUGCCAUUAGGAUUGCCAUCGACAUUCCUGGGCAAACAUGGAUGGGUACAAUAUUUUUGUAAAGCUGAAUUAAGAGAUCCAAAUGGAAUGGUACAUAAAAAUCAUCAAGUAUUCAUCAUAAUGAAUCCUAUCGAUUUGAAUCAAGAACCAACAGUAUUGACACAACCAUUUCAUAGUGAAGUCGAAGAAAAGCUAGGAUUUCUUUGCUUUACUAAUGGAAAAAUCAUCUGCAUGGUACGAUUAGAUCGUGGCGGUUAUGUUCCCGGUGAAAGUAUCUCAAUAAAUGCCAAUAUUAAUAACAAUAGUUCAACAAAGAUUCGAAAAACUUGUGCCAUUCUUACGGAGACCGUCCAAUAUACGUCAAAAAAUCGAAUUAUUCAAAGCGAAGUUCGUGAACUAGCUUCGGUUGAAAGGGGUAAAAUCGAACCAAAUUCCAGCGAUCAAUGGAAAAAUGAAUUAUUAUACAUACCACCAAUACCUCCGACUAAUCUUCGAGGAUGUAACCUGAUUCGAAUUCAAUACGAUGUUUAUUUUAUGGUGGUUCCAAAAGGAACGCGCAAGACAAUUAAACUUCAAUUACCGAUAUUGAUGGCCACAUACCCAUUACGAAAUUCAGAUGGAACAUUACAACGUAAAAAAGGAACCUAUUAUCCAUCAACAUUACCAAUGUCCAGAUCAUGGUUAAAUUCUGAUACCAAAAUUCGAUCAAAAUAAACAACUGAUCGAUAAAAAAUUAUCACCAAGUGAUUGUUCAAAUUA